AUGGGAUCCAUGAAACCUCUAUCACUCCAACAAAUCCCCUUCUCCUACGCAUCCUGCUCAAUCGGAUGCGGACCCAGCGACACCUUACCCCGAAGACUCGAAGCAAUCGGCCGAGCAGGAUUCAAAGCCAUCGAGCUCUCAUUCCCGGAUAUCCUCGACUAUGGCGAACACCUGCUAGGCCAUCCAAUCCAGCCCAAUGACUAUAACGAGCUGACCUCGGUCGCCCGGGAGAUUCGCACCCUGUGCAAAGCGAAUGGCUUGUCAGUGAUGAUGCUGCAACCCUUUGCCAAUUUUGAGGGGUGGCCGAAAGAUUCGCCUGAGCGGAAGGAUGUGUUUGAGAGGGCGGCGGGUUGGAUUGAGAUCAUGAAGGUUGUUGGGACGGAUAUUCUGCAGGUCGGAGCAACCGACACACCCGCGGAUAAAAUCUCGAUUGACCGCUCAACAAUCGUCUCAGAUCUACGCGAACUAGGCGAAAUGCUAGCCAAGCAUAAAUUCCGCCUCGCCUACGAAAACUGGUGCUGGUCCACCCACGCGCCGGGUUGGAAAGAAGUCUGGGAAAUCGUGCGCGAGGUCAAUCUCCCCAACGUCGGCCUUUGCCUGGACACGUUCCAAACCGCCGGCAGUGAAUGGGGCGAUCCAACCUCGCCCACCGGACUGAUCCGCAACGUACCCGAGAACGAGUUGAAGAAGAAGUUCGCCGCAAGUAUGAAAGAGCUGGCACUCACUAUUCCCGCAGAUAAAAUAUAUCUCCUGCAGAUCUCGGACGCGUAUAAGGUGUCGCCGCCGUUGGAGGAUAAGGUUGUGGACGGGUUGAGGCCGCAGGGCCGGUGGAGCCAUGAUUAUAGGCCUAUGCCGUAUGACGGCGGGUAUUUGCCGAUUGAGGAUAUUGCGAGGGCAGUUUUGCAGACGGGGUUCCGGGGUUGGUUUUCGAUGGAGAUUUUUGAUGCGGGGCCGCAGGGGAAGGGGAAGAAGUAUGAGAUGGAGCCGUUUGCGAAGAAGGCUAUGGAGAAUAUGCAGAAGUUGUUGAAGAAUUGUGAUCCGAGUAGAUGA